UAAGGAGCGUGGGAGGAGAGACUCUGACCCUGCCGGCAGCGGAGAGACAAACAGGAGCUCGGAGAGAAAUUUAACAUUUGUCCAUCCAGCAGCUGAGAAGCCGACUUCUCUUCACUGCCAGCACAGAGCCGGAGUCUGGAGAUCAGCCGAGAGCGCCUCGGGAAACUUCAACACAGCAAAAUGGGUUCGGCUUUGAGUGAAGAGGAGCGGAGAGAGCGCAUUCGAGCAGAUGUGAAGAAAUUUAAAGAGUGCCCAGAUGUGAAGGUGAAUCGAGCCAUCGUGAAGUUCUGCAGCACUUCUUCAAGCAACCUCCAGCAGCACCUCAGCAAGAGGAAACAGAAAAGCUACCCCACCGCAGACUGGCUUAAGAAACUUGCAGAGAAGCUUGCCAAUCUGUCUCCGGAUCCUAAACUGGCGGGCCUCGGAGCGCUGGCCGUCGCCGUCUUCAUCGACAUCGUUUCAGCCACUUCCUCUUCUGAGAGCACGAAGGACGCCCUGCGCUGCGUGUUUGCCGAGGAGAAGGCCUCCGAGGUCUGGGAUCAGAUCGACGAGUGCCUGAAGAGAUGCGUGAUGAACAUCGACGACGACGCCGAGCUGGUGAGCGACAUCAAGCGGAUCGAGUGCCAGCUGAGCGUCGCCCUCACCAAGCUGAAGAACUCCAUGGUGAGGGACGGGCACAUGUCGUCUCAGGCUCUGAAGGCCUGGGUGAACGGGGCGGCCUUCCACAUCCAGAUGCUGAUUCACCUGGUGAGGCUCGGAGGGAUUCAAACCUGCGACCCUGUAGAGAGACUCCUCCCUGCUUACCUGAGCGACCUGGACCUGCUGUUCAGAAAGCACAAGGCGGCAGUGGAGAGGAAGUGCUGGCUGGACUACGACAUCCUCCAAGACGAUCCUUGUCCCUACUUUGUGUCUGAAGAGGGAGAAGCGUAUUACAUCAUAUACUUAGAAUUUGAGGAAUACUUUGAGGCUUAUUAUGAGGUACAUUACAUCAGCCAGAUGUAUGAGAUUAAGAAGUACUUCAGGAAGGUCAGAGAUGAUCUGCCAGAGCUGGCCAGUCAGGUGGGCCAUCUCAGUGUCUACUGAGAGGAAAAGCACCAUUCACAGUUUCGUAAAACAGCUGCUCGUCUGAUCUCCUUUCAAGACGCUAGUUAGCCAGCUAACGGAGAUCAUCAUCGCUGACGUCCGUCCACAAUAAACCUCCAUGAAUCCACUUAGACGCCAGAGAAGAAAGCGGCUGCAGAACCUGCCUGAGAAUCCUGCUGUUUCUAAGUUUCCUUCAGUCUCACAGUGAUCCAGUGUUUGACUACAUGUGGACAGAUUCAGGCUGAACAAACGGGGCUGUAAAGUGAACAGCAUUUGAUGAGGUAACUGUGGCUGUAGUUAUUCCACAGGAUUAAAAUCAUUAACCAUGACAGGUAAUGUUAAAAUCGCCCCACCUCCACUGGAGAGCUAUGUGCCUCUAGAUAACGUAAUUUAAUGGCUGUUAAUUGUAUUAGUCCUCUCAGCUCCUCUGUUCACUAUUUCCAUAAACUGCACUACUUUAUAUUCAUUGCACUGCUGUUCUGCCCGGUCCAGUUCAUUACUGUACAUAUCCAUCAGUAUACCUCUGUUUAUAGUAAUGCCAUCUGUAUAUAAUAUAAUAUUUUCAUAAUACUGCUCUAUCCUGCAUUUAUGCCCACACUUUAUAUCCUGCACUUGCUUAUUGGACCUGAACUGCAUUUCGUUGCCUUGUACUUGCACAUGUGUAAUGACAAUAAAGUUGAAUCUAAUCUGUAGUGACUCAGCAUCUGCAGACCUUCUAUUUCAAAUAAUACGCUCACGGUAGUUAAACAAGACGCUGUGGUCACA